AUGUUAGAGACUGAGCUGUGUUCUUCUAGGAUUCUUUCACCUUUUAGAGAAGAGAGUGGUGAUGAAGAGCUGUCUGUGCUUCCUAGGCACACAAAAGUCGUUGUCACUGGAAAUAAUAGAACAAAGUCCGUGUUGGUUGGUUUGCAAGGCGUGGUCAAGAAGGCUGUUGGUCUUGGAGGGUGGCAUUGGCUGGUUUUGAAAAAUGGAUCUGAAGUUAAGCUUCAAAGGAAUGCGUUGAGUGUCCUGGAACAUCCUACAGGGAAUGAAGUGGAUGAUGAUAACGAUUUUGAUACCAGCAGUGGCUCUGACAUUGGUGAACAUGAUUUUUAUAGGGGCAGUGAGUUCCAUAAAAUCAGCAAGCCAAGGGUUCGACCGACCAGGCCAUGGGUUUCAUCUGCGCCGGUAAAGUCAACAAGUCGGAGCAGCUACAGAGAUGUUCAAUCCAUUAUUCAAACUCCCCUGCCGACGGUGAACUUGGCAAGUCUAGGAACUGAAUCGUUGCGGAGAUAUUGCAAGGAAUUCAAACUUCUGGGUGUCAACUCAGAGUCGUCAAGGGAACGAGUGCUUAAUGCCGUCCAAAUUCAUUUUCCAUCACAGCGGCCAUUGAAUGAUGUGCAAGUGGUUGUGGAAUUCACCCGUGCAGCUAAGCGACUGAAAGAGAAGGAUGGACGAUCGACUAAUUGA